AUGACUACUAUUCCCUCAAGACUCUCUCAAGUUGCAAGAUCAUCAAACUCAUUAGCUGAAGCUCAUGCAAGAGCUAGAACGCUUUAUCGUGACUUCUAUCGCAGCGCUCCAAGCAUCUGUGCAUUAUACUCACUUAACAUUCCACCUUCACAAAUAAGAGCAAAGAUUCGUCAGGAAUUUGAGAAGAACAGAAAUUUGGAUGAUUUGAAUGUUAUUGACUUAGUCUUAUUCAAAGGCAGGCAAGAGUAUCAGGAGACGAUGAAUGCAUGGAAGCAAGAGUCUCAUAUAAUGCGCUGGUUCGCUUUGGAAGAGGCUCCACCUAGACCUCAAACAUUCCUCGAAAAAUUCUAUGCAGGUCGCGACGAAGACCAAGUUUAA